ACACGAGGUUCGCCUUAGAGUUGUUAUGUGGCAUGCAUCGCGGGCUCCGCGCUACCCUGUGGCCGGCGCGAGAAAGAGCUUCCUCGCUCGCUAUCACAAGCGGUUAUCCUAUUGACUUACUGCUAACUGCGAAUUCGCCAAGGAGAUUUCACACAGAAGGUUCGGUCGUCGCUUCAACUAACGGCAACAGCGUUGAAGGCAGCAACAGCGACAGGCCGACGCGUCGGCAGGCCACGAACAUGGCGCCGCCUAACCCAAAGUUGAAGCUGCUGUGUUUACAUGGCUACAUGCAAAAUGCUGAGAUUUUCCGCAGUCGGCUGGGCUCCAUGCGCAAAGCGCUGAAGAGCCGGGUGGAGUUUGUGUUCGUGGAUGCGCCCUUUGAGGCCCAGGGCCUCCCCGACGAGGAUCCCGACGAGGUACAGGGGGUGCGGGAGGGGCGCUCCUGGUGGCAGUGGACGGACAGCGGGCCCGCGGCACGGCCAUCUAAGGCGUCAAGCUACACAGGCUGGGGUGCAGCCCAGGAGUUCUUAAUGGCAGCGCUGAAGGAGCACGAGC